AUUUAUUAUAAUAGUAAAAGAUAUGGAACCGGGUACUAAGAGCUGUCAAGUGCGCCUAGGUUAGGGGCAUAUGGGAAAUGAAUGAUGAUAGCUUGCUAGCUAGCUGGCUAGCCAGCUAACCAUAAAUAAAAACAAUCACAAGGAGUCGGCGCGAAACUGCUAUAGUUAGCUAGCUAAUUAUGAAGCUUGUUCUUAAACUUAUUUAUUACUUUUGGCAGAUGUGUGUAUUUGUUAUUGCUGUUGAUGAUUGGCGACACAAUAUGCUGUGCACUUUUAAGUGUUUUUGCUGGGAAACAUAAUCGUGUGCUCCGUCGUUCAAACACGCACUUGGCUAGGCAGCUAGUGUGAACAAUAUCGAGCGGCGAACAUGGUGAAGAGCUUCAGAGUCUCUGACCUGCAGACGCUCCUGGCCUCCAUGGGCCGCAGUAAGAGCGGGCUGAAGCAGGACCUGGUGGGCCGGGCCCUGCAGCUGGUGCAGACGGAGUACAGCCCCGAACUGCUGAAGAACGUGCGGCAGCUCUACGAGUCCCGCUUCCCCAAGGCCUCGGGCUGGCUGGCGGCCCGGCGCCCCGAGGGCGUGCCCCUGGCCUACGCCCGCAGCACCUCCCCCGCCGCCGGCAACGCCCUGGGCGCGGACUACCUCAACGGCGUCGGCAAGCCGUCCCCGACCCCCGCCGCCGAGGUCAAGCUGGUCUCCCUGCCCUUCUACCAGACCCUGGAGACUCUCAUGCCCCCCACAGAGCUGGUUGCCCAGAACAGCGACAAGCUGCAGGACAGUCCGUGCGUCUUCGAGUUGACGCAGAGCCAAGUGGAGCAGAUCCGAAACUCCAGCGAGCUUCGCGCAGGGAUAAAAUCGGUCCAGGUGGUCCUUCGAAUCUGUUACACAGACACCAUUGGGGUACAGGAGGACCAGUACCCCCCCAAUAUUGCUGUCAAAGUCAACCAGUCCUACUGCCACGUACCGGGUUACUACCCCUCCAAUAAGCCUGGCGUGGAACCCCGUCGGCCCUGUCGCCCAAUCAACAUCACGCCCUGGCUACACCUCUCUACCACCUCCAACCGCAUCAACGUCACCUGGGGCAACUUCGGAAAGCGCUACUGUGUGGCAGUAUACCUGGUGAGGGUCUUCACGUCUGCUGAGCUCUUCAGCCAACUCAAACACCUCUCUGUGGAGAGCCCGGAGCGCUGUCGCGAACGCAUCCAGGAUAAGCUGCGUUUCGACCCGGAGAGUGAGAUCGCCACCACAGGGCUGCGCGUGUCACUCAUCUGCCCGCUGGUGAAGAUGCGUCUGGGCGUGCCAUGUCGGGUGCUCACCUGCGCCCACCUGCAGUGUUUCGACGCCGUCUUCUUCCUGCAGAUGAACGAGAAGAAGCCCACCUGGACCUGUCCCGUGUGCGACAAGCCCGCCCCCUUCGAGCUGCUCACCAUCGACGGGCUCCUGUCUGAGAUCCUGAAGGAGACCGAGGACGUGGAGGAGAUCGAGUACCUCACCGACGGGUCCUGGCGACCAAUCCGAGACGAGAAGGAGCGGGAGAAGGAGAGGGAGCGCAGCAACACGCCCGACUACCCCGUGCUGGACAUAUGCUCCCCGGAGGCGAACGGCCUCUCCCCGGCGCACAGCAGCACCAGCCAGACCGGGAAGUCGGCGGCGUCCGGCGCCACGGCGACGGCGGGCGGGGCCGCGGGCGGGGCGGUGGUGGACCUGACGCUGGACUCUUCCUCGGAGGAGGAGGACGGAGGCGGCCCGGCGGGGGACAGCGAGGACACCGAAGACAGCCAGGACAGCCCGCCGCCCAAACGAGGCCGAUACGGCUACGACAAGGACCUGGUCACCGCCUACUGACCGCACGGACACACAGACUGAGACGGCCGCUCGGGUCUAGAGCUGCCCAGAGCGUCCCAUAGAUCCUAAACCCACCCCCCCCUCCCCAACCCCUCCUCAUUCACACACAGGAGACACACGCAUACGAUUAUCCCCCAGUUGGGCUCAUCCAGUGUACACACUGCUACAGACGAGCUGACCCGAACACUGCUGUCUGUCUGUUUGUCUUAUUUAAAUCUGCUCUCUGUCUCUCCUGCCUAACCUCCCUCCUUCCUUCCUCUCUUUCUCUCCCUCCCUCCCUCCUUCUCUCUCUCCCCCGCUCCAUUACACACUUAAUCACUCUUUUAUUUUGUCUGUCCCAGUGGCUUCAGCGGCUUCAGCUUGUCAUACAGAGAGACGUCACACGGAGUCAUAUUGUCAUACAGAGACCUUUGAGAACGGAGGGCUUCAUGAGUCAGGCUCAAAACUUUUAUGAUGUGAAUAUUAAACCCCCCCCCCCCUCACCUAUGGCCAUUUCACGUUCCUAACUUUAUUCCUAAUGAAAAUUAGCUGGUGUGAGAAAGUUCAAAGUCAAGAAGUCUUUUUUUUUUUUUUUUUG